AUGUCUUCUUACAAUGUCGCAUCUACUGGUUCAUAUAUGCAAGCCAUGAAUCCGAUGCGUGAAAAACUGGCCGAAUUGGUAUUACCAGGUGAAGCAGAGGCAUUAAAAAUUCCAGCAAAUCUCUUAAAUGAAAAAAUUGUGUCAGAUGCAAGGGAUGAAGCAACUAAACAAGUCAAUGAUCUGUUGAAGAAUUUUGAGAAUAUAGAAGAUGAUAUUCUUUUAGAUUAUGAAAUGAUGGAUUCUGAGCAAACCCAUUUACAAGAUGAUGACUAUUCACAUUACAGUGAUGAUGAAUCUGCGAAAUUCUUUCUUAUCGAGGAAAUUAAACAAGAGUGUAGGAGGAUCCAUAGAAAACAUAGUGACGAAGAGAAUGAUGACCAUGUACAGCUAUUUGAAAGUAUAGUUAGCUUGUUGAAAUCACAAGAAAGUGAGGUGGGAUUGCAGAGUGAAUUAUUCGACACUCUAGGAUUUGAAGAACUAGAUCUAAUUACAAAAAUAGUUAGUUCGAAGCUUGAAAUUAUUAGAGAAUAUGAUCAACAAAAAGAGGCACUGAAAAGGAAGUCUACUGGCUCAAACUUACUAAACAAUGGAUUGAUGACGACUGAGCAGAUAAAGGCAAAGGUUGCUGAAAAUGCUCGGCGUGCUAGAGAGAUGCCACUAUCCAAAGAUCAAACAGUCACUAGAUACCCUCAUGUUUUCAGGUCGCAUGAUCCCGGUAACAUGGUUUCAUUUACGGGCAAGUUUUAUUCUUUGCCAAUGGGUUCAACUAGAGAAGCCUAUGAAAAGUACGAGGAGGUUAUUAUACCAAAGUCUGAAAAACGAAAUUCUUCUGCUCCUAAUAUCUUCAUACCAAUCAGAGAAUUAGACUUUUUGUGUCAAGGUACCUUUAGAGGGUAUGAAACCUUAAAUCGUAUGCAGUCUUUAAUUUACGAUGUUGGAUAUAAUACCAAUGAGAAUAUGCUGGUUUGUGCACCUACUGGUGCAGGUAAAACCGACGUUGCAUUAUUGACAGUAUUACAUACAAUCAAGCAGUUUAUAUCUGAAAACGAAAAUCCUGGGGAAGAAGCCGUUAACAUUGAUAUUGAUUUUGAUGAAUUCAAAAUUGUUUACGUUGCCCCACUGAAAGCUUUGGCGUCAGAAAUUGUCGAGAAAUUUACUAAAAAGUUAGCUUGGCUGGGUAUAAAAGUUAGAGAAUUAACUGGUGAUAUGCAAUUGACUAAAGCGGAGAUUCUGGCAACACAGAUCAUUGUAACUACUCCUGAGAAAUGGGAUGUUGUCACGCGUAAGUCAAACGGUGACACUGAGUUGGUUGAAAAAGUUAAAUUGUUAAUCAUUGAUGAAGUUCACUUGUUACAUGAAGAUAGAGGUAGUGUUAUUGAAACUUUAGUGGCAAGAACAUUGAGACAAGUUGAGAGCUCGCAAUCGAUGAUUAGAAUUGUUGGUCUAUCAGCAACCUUGCCUAAUUUUGUGGACGUUGCAGACUUCUUAGGAGUCAACCGUAACGUUGGUAUGUUCUACUUUGAUCAAUCUUUUAGACCUGUUCCCUUAGAACAACAAUUGGUUGGAGUUAGAGGGAAAGCGGGAUCGAAACAAGCAAGAGAAAACCUAGAUGAAGUGUCCUUUGAAAAGUUAAUGCAAAUGAUCCGGGAAGGACACCAGGUGAUGGUUUUCGUUCAUUCACGUAAGGACACGGUUAAAACAGCCCGUUCAUAUAUUAAAUUAAUUAGAGACCAUUCAUAUGAAUCUUACUUUGACUGUUCUACUGAAGAAAAAUAUCCUUAUUUUGAAAGAGAGAUGUCAAAAAAUAAGAACAAAGAUUUAAGGGAGUUAUUCAUAGGUGGAUUUGGAUGUCAUCAUGCUGGUAUGAGUAGAGCAGAUAGAAACCUAACAGAAAAAUUGUUUCUGAGUGGAUCUAUCAAAGUUUUGGUAUGUACUGCCACUUUGGCUUGGGGUGUUAAUUUACCCGCAGCUGCUGUCAUUGUGAAAGGUACCCAGGUUUAUGAUUCAAAGGCCGGAGGUUUUGUAGACUUGGGUAUUUCCGAUGUUAUUCAAAUUUUUGGUAGGGCGGGUAGACCGCAAUUCGAAGCUCAUGGUAUUGGUAUUUUGUGUACAACAGCGGACUCUCUUGACCACUAUAUUUCAUUGUUGUUGCAACAGCAUCCUAUUGAAUCUAAGCUAUCUGCUAAACUAGUUGACAAUUUAAAUGCUGAAAUAUCAUUAGGAACAGUCACAAAUGUCGAAGAAGGUGUUCAGUGGUUAGGUUAUACAUAUUUAUAUGUUAGAAUGAAACAAAACCCCUUUGCAUACGGUAUUGAUUGGAAAGAACUGGCUAAUGAUCCUUUGUUAGUUCAAAGAAGAAGAGAUUUAAUCAUAGAAGCGGCUAGAAAGUUGCACAAAUUACAAAUGAUUGUAUUUGAUGAAAGGUCUUCGGGCUUCAUUCCAAAGGAUAUUGGUAGAAUCUCUUCUGAUUUCUAUUUGUUGAACGAAUCUGUUGAAAUUUUUAACCAGAUGAUUAAUCCACAAGCCUCUGAAGCAGAUGUCUUAAGUAUCAUUUCCAUGAGUUCAGAGUUCGAUAAUGUCAAAUUUAGAGAAGAAGAGGCAAAAGAGUUAGAAGAACUGCAAAAUGAAAAAGUCGUUUGUGAAAUAGGCCCAAAACUUGAAAAUUCACAAAAAAAAACAAAUGUUUUGCUACAAGCCUAUAUAUCCAAGGCAUUUGUCAAAGAUUCGGCCCUUUGUUCAGAUAUGGCAUACAUUGCACAGAAUGCUGCACGUAUCUGUCGUUCAUUAUUUUUCAUGGGUCUCAAUAGAAGAUGGGGUGUAUUCACCCGCCAUAUGUUAGAGAUAUGUAAGGCGGUUGAUAAACAGCUAUGGCCUUUUCAACACCCAAUGAAUCAAUUUAAUUUACAAUCACAAAUUAUUAAAAUGAUUGAAGCAAAGAAACCAACUAUGGAUCAUUUGAGAGACUUGAAUCCAGCUGAAUUAGGUGACUUAGUCCACAAUCAUGGUAUGGGGCCAAAACUGCAUAAGCUUAUCGGUCGUUUCCCAUACUUACUGCUUGACGUUGAGUGCUUCCCCAUUACCACAAAUGUGAUGAGGAUCCAUUUAACCAUAGAAGCUGACUUUGUCUGGAAUUUUGAAUAUCAUGGAAAUAUACAAUUUUUCUGGAUUUUGAUUGAAGACAGCCAUGCGUCUAAUAUUCUACAUUUUGAGAAGUUUAUUCUGAACAAAAAAUCAUUUGGCUUAUCUCAUGAACUAGAUUUCAUGAUCCCAUUAAGUGAUCCGCCACCACCGCAGAUUAUGGUUAGAGCAAUAAGUGACACAUGGAUUGGUUCUCAGACAGACGUUGCAGUUUCAUUCAAACAUUUGAUUAAACCUCAUAAUGAUACAGUGAAGACAAAAUUAUUGAAGUUACAUCCAUUACCGAUCACUGCAUUUCAUAAUAAAGAAAUUGAGAAAAUCUACAAUGCUAAGUUUAAAUAUUUCAAUCCAAUGCAAACUAUGGUGUUUCACAACUUGUAUAAUCUAAAUUCCUCUGUUUUUGUUGGGUCACCAACUGGUUCGGGUAAAACCGUUGUUGCAGAAAUGGCCAUUUGGAACGCUUUCAAUCGAUUUCCUGACUCUAAAGUUGUUUAUAUUGCACCCAUGAAAGCUUUAGUUAGAGAGAGGGUUGAUGACUGGAAAGUUAAGAUUUGUGGUAAUACCAGUCAUAGAAUUGUGGAACUUACAGGUGAUUCUUUACCUGGGGUUCAAGAAGUUCGACAAGCUGAUAUCAUUAUUACAACACCAGAAAAGUUUGACGGUAUUUCACGUAACUGGCAAUCUAGAAAAUUCGUUCAACAAGUUUCUUUGGUCAUAAUGGAUGAAAUCCAUUUAUUAGCAAGUGAUAGAGGUCCAAUUUUGGAAAUGAUUGUUAGUAGAAUGAACUAUAUUUCCUCGUUUACUAAGAAGCCGAUAAGGUUACUAGGCUUAUCUACAGCAGUGUCCAAUGCAAUGGAUAUGGCAAGCUGGUUGGGUGUCAAAGAAGGACUUUUCAACUUUCCUCAGAGUGUUAGGCCUGUUCCUUUAAAAAUGUACAUUGAUGGAUUUCCAGACAACUUGGCAUUCUGUCCUUUGAUGAAGACAAUGAAUAAGCCUGCUUUUAUGGCUAUUAAACAGCACUCACCAACCAAACCAGUGCUAAUUUUUGUCGCAUCAAGAAGACAAACAAGAUUGACAGCACUAGAUAUUAUUCAUCUUUGUGGUAUGGAAGAUAAUCCACGUAGGUUUUUGAAGAUGAGGGAAGAUGAACUAACGCCAUAUGUGGAGAAAGUUAAAGAUGACACAUUGAAGUUGUCGUUACAAUUUGGUAUCGGACUUCACCAUGCGGGUUUAGUUGAGAGUGACAGGCAAAUUUCUCAUAAACUGUUUGAACAAAAUAAGAUCCAAAUUUUGAUUGCAACGUCUACUUUGGCAUGGGGAGUUAACUUACCUGCACACUUAGUCAUUAUCAAAGGUACUCAAUUCUUUGAUGCUAAAAUUGAAGGAUAUAGGGAUAUGGAUUUGACCGAUAUCUUGCAAAUGAUGGGUAGGGCUGGUAGGCCUGCCUUCGAUACAAGCGGUAUCGCCAUGGUUUUCACUAAAGAGUCAAAGAAAACGUUUUAUAAACAUUUCAUCAAUGUUGGUUUCCCUGUUGAAUCAUCGCUACAUAAAGUUAUGGAUAAUCAUAUCGGUGCAGAAAUAUCGUCUGGUACAAUCAAAAGUAGACAGGAAGCAAUGGAUUUUUUAACUUGGACCUUCCUUUAUAGGAGAGCACACCAUAAUCCAACUUACUAUGGAAUUGAAGAUUUAUCACAAGAAGGUAUAAGUUCAUAUUUAAGUGGAUUAGUUGAUAAAGUUAUCGAUAAUUUAGUUGAAUCCAAGUGUCUGAUUACCACAGGGGAAAAGAUUGAACCAACGCCGUUUUUGCACAUCUCCUCAUAUUAUUAUUUGUCACAUAGGACUAUCAGGAAUCUUUUGAAUAAGAUUAAACCUAACGCAUCUUUCAGAGAAUGUUUAAGGUGGUUGUGCGAAGCAACCGAGUAUGAUGAAUUGCCUACAAGACAUGGUGAAGAAUUAAUAAAUAUGGAAAUGUCUCAAGAAAUGAGAUAUUCAGCUGACGAUCUUGAAGAUUAUGAAUUUAUUUGGGACCCCCACAUUAAAGCAUUUUUACUAUUGCAGGCAUAUAUGAGUAGGAUAGAAUUACCCAUUGCAGAUUAUGCACAAGACACUGUUUCGACAUUAGACCAAAGUUUGCGUAUUUUGCAGGCAUAUAUUGAUGCAUCAUCAGAAAUGAGAUACUUGUCGACUACUUUAAAUUUUAUCAAAUUGAUGCAAUGUAUAAAACAAGCCUGCUGGUUUGAUGAUGACUUUGUGUGGACGCUCCCAGGCCUAAAAGUGAGGAAAAUAGAUAAGUAUGAUGAAAGGUACGAUCACGAUGGUAGUGACUGGGUAUCUACUUUAGAGGAUCCACCUGUUACAUUAAAGUCAAUUGGAGCACUGCGGGGCAAUAAAAACAAAAUAGAUAGAUUAAUGGAUGAACUGAGGGUGAAUAAAAGAAAAAGAGAUGAAUUCUUAAGAGUUGCAGGAACUUUACCGACUGGUGACUUUAAGAUAUGUAAGCAAAACGAAUUGAGGGAACUUGAGAUCAAACUAGUCCAUCAUAAUAAGAUGUACCGUAAAGACUACAAUAUUUAUGCACCUAAGUAUCCAAAGCCACAAAGAGAAACAUGGUUCGUUCUAUUGUGUGAUUUGAAUGAGGAUGAACUGUAUGUCAUAAAAAGAGAAUCACCUAAGAAAAUUGGAAAUGUUGACAUGAUUGCCUCAAAGCUUAUUGUUUCCCCGGAUCUUUACGGUAAAAAAGUCGACGUUGUCGUGAUUAGUGAUUUUACUGACAUUUAUUAUCGUGGGAAGGUCACUUUGAAAAGCAGCGAUAGUGUAUAG